CGGCGCUUCGCGACCCCGCGUCCUUCCGCCACGCCGUUUUGUACAGUGCACGGCACAGUGCAGUGGUGGUUGGUGGUGGUGGUGGGCGAUGGCGCUGCUGAGGCUACCCUCGAUCUCGCUGCGACUCUCCGCCGCGGUCUCCACCGCCGUCUUCGGAAGAGAGACGGCAGCGUUGGCUGCGGCCGGCGUGAGGUGGGCGUCCAAGAAAGCCGGCAGCAAAGUUCGAAACUCGGCGCCCAAAAGUCCAGGCAAGCGCUACGGAUGGAAGAAGUUUGAAGGUGCCAUGGUUCACGCUGGCAACAUCCUCGCUACGCAGAGGCUCAUCCGGUGGCACCCGGGGGCAUUUGUGGGCAUGGGUCGGAACAACACGCUGUACGCCCUGGAGGACGGCGUUGUGCGGUUCACCAAGGAGGUGUACGUCCCUCCGCCGCGGAGCAGGGAGGCCUUCCAGGUGGUGUGCAAGCUGCCGCGUGGCGCCAUGCUCUACAAGACGUUCAUCAACGUCAUCCCUCCCCACCAGGAGGGGCGCUUCGUCCUCAAGGAAAUGAUGUGAGCGGCGGGGGAGCUGCGCGCCACUUCAGUUGCAGACCUCUCGCGCGAGCCUUCAAGCCCACGCCUCGCCGCCUGGGGCCCGGGGAAUGUGCGACCGAGUGGAAUUUUGCGCGCCGCGAGAGGCACCAACUCUGGCUGUCGCCUGAUGAUGCCGCUCGUUGUAAUUACCGGCGAAACGUCACGGUACUCGAAUUGUAAAUGCCGUGGUGGGAUCACUCUCCAACACACGACCGGUUCGCUGUGCUAGUAGCGAAUUGGCCACGUUUUGUUUACGUGACAAAACUUACUAAUUGGCUGUGGCGGGUGGUGGCGGGUUUAACGACACAUUUAUAGAUUUACGCGAUGUAACCCAUAAACCUCCAUUAUGGAUGCGAGAGGCAGUUUCGUCGUCCGGUGUCACACAAGGGUGCACGCGAGCUCCCCUUUUUGCGAUUGAUGCUUUAAUAAAAAAUGAAACCCACA